AUGUCUUCCUCUUCACCCAUCCCUCAGGCCCUCUGGAACGCCCGCAUCCCACUACACGUCACGCACCCCUCAUCACCGACCACGCCAUUCAUCACCAGCGUCCCGCGCUUCAGUUACCUCGCCCUCCUGCUGCCGAGGCUGUCGGCCUUUUUCGGAUCUCCCUGCUCCAGCUUCCACUUCGAGGACGUCCAGCUGAGGAACCUGGCCGUGGGGCUGCUCGUCGACCUGUACCGCCCGAGCCUGCCGUGGAGGCUGACUGUCAACGAUGGAGUGGGGUGGGAUAUUGCAGAUACGUUUCUUAACUGUGUGAAAGAGGCCGACUUCAUCCGCAAUGGCAACGCAAACCAAAUCAUGAAAAUGUCCAAAGACAACACGACUCAACUCUGGAACGCAGUCAUAGACAAUGACUAUGCUUCAUUCAACCGCAUAAACAGCGGUCUUCUCAACGCCCCCACAGCUCUCAAGCACAUCCCGCUGCGCAUCUAUAUCCCAACCUCAUCAACCGGCCCGGACUCAUCCCCAACGCCCUCAGAGUCUGGCACCUUCAAAGUCGUUCAAUCGCUCGUACCUGCAUCGGGAUCUGACCGUCGGCCAAAGCUACUGGGGCAAGCGCUCAAGGAGGUGCUUCCAGGCUUGUUCCCCAGCAGUCGAGAUCCUAUCCUGGCUAAGGUGGUGAUGCACGGUGCUGGAGUACCCUUUGCCGCACCCUUGGAGGAGUUGAUGAGAGAAGCUGCAUAUCCCGACGGAUGGCUGUGCCUUGUUGUUAUCGUGUUAUAA